AAAAAACAUGCAACUUUUCUUGCAAGCACUAAAAAACGAGCUGUAAUAUAUGUAAAAACAUCACCGUGAGGCUGAUAUCAAAAUGGAAAACUUUCAGUGCUGUUUGGUGUUUCAGUUUUUUUAAAGAAAUAUCAAACAGCAUAGUCACAUACCGCAUACAAAUGCUCAAAAGUCCCUUUUUCCAUAGGAAACCCUUCUUUUAACAGAUCCAUAGACUUUUUUUGAACCCUGUGACAUUCCAUUCUACUCUUGUGAGCGAGUGUGUGGGAUGAUUGUGCAAUCUGACAAACAUACGUGGAAGGAUAUAUCUUUCUUUCGUCAGCAAACGCAGUCUAAUGUGAACUUAGAACAAAACUGCAGGGUUUAGAAGAUGUUGAACGUUGUACCUCUGUUUUGCAGCAUGCAUUACUUUAAUGAAUGUGUGUGUGUGUGUGUGUGUCAUUAUAUAACAUGUAAAAUUGUUAUAUUGAUCUUUCUUAUUGGUUGCUUGUAUGCGAGCCAGUGUUAGCUCAGUAAAUAUGCUCGCAUUAUCAACCAAGAUGCAGGAUAAAACCAAACCAUCCAAUGGCUUUGCUGAAGGAUGUCACUUGAAUGACGAAUCGGGCGUGUGCAUCCACGUAUAUGAAGGCUGGACCCUGCAUUAAAGCCCCGAGGGUCCCGAGGCAUCCUUUACUUAUAGUUGAGUUCCAUGUGCUGAGUACAGAAACGACAUUAAACAUCACCAUGAGUUCAUCUGGAGAGUAUAUGAAUGGCCACGUCCACCUGGAAGAAUCAGACAUGGACGAGUCUGAUGGGAAGCUGUUCCUUACUGAGGCUUUCAACAUAAUCAUGGAAGAAAUUCUUAACAAAGGAAGGGACUUGAAGGAGAAGGUUUGUGAGUGGAAAGAUCCAGAUCAGCUGAGAUCUCUCCUGGACCUCGAACUUCGGGAUCAUGGAGAAUGUCAUGAGAAGCUGCUGCAGAGGGUUCGAGAUGUGGCCAAAUACAGCGUAAAAACUUGUCAUCCUCGGUUCUUCAAUCAGCUGUUUGCUGGCGUGGACUAUCAUGCACUGACAGGACGGCUCAUCACUGAAACCCUCAAUACCAGCCAAUACACCUAUGAAGUGGCUCCAGUGUUUGUCCUGAUGGAGGAGGAAGUGAUCAGUAAGCUUCGCUCUCUGGUUGGCUGGUCAGAAGGAGAUGGGAUCUUUUGUCCUGGAGGAUCCAUGUCUAACAUGUAUGCCAUUAACGUCGCUCGGUACUGGGCUUUUCCUCAAGUGAAGACAAAAGGCUUGUGGGCCGCACCACGGAUGGCUAUAUUUACAUCACAACAGAGUCAUUACUCCGUGAAAAAAGGAGCUGCGUUUCUUGGUAUUGGAACAGAAAAUGUUUUCAUUGUGCAAGUGGAUGAGAGCGGCAGCAUGAUACCAGAAGACCUGGAGGCAAAAAUUGUGCAGGCAAAAUCCCAAGACGCUGUUCCGUUUUUCGUAAACGCCACAGCCGGAACCACAGUGCAGGGAGCCUUUGACCCUCUGAAGCGCAUAGCUGACAUAUGUGAAAGAAACGGCAUGUGGAUGCAUGUUGACGCCGCAUGGGGAGGAAGCGUGCUGUUUUCCAAAAAGCACAGACAUCUGGUUGCAGGAAUAGAAAGAGCAAACUCGGUGACUUGGAAUCCUCACAAAAUGCUUCUGACGGGACUGCAGUGCUCUGUGAUUUUGUUCAGAGAUACUACGAAUUUGCUCAUGCACUGUCACAGUGCCAAAGCCACAUACUUGUUCCAGCAAGACAAGUUCUACGACACAAGUCUGGACACGGGCGACAAAUCCAUCCAGUGUGGCCGGAAGGUGGAUUGCCUCAAGCUCUGGCUCAUGUGGAAGGCAAUCGGAGCUAGUGGUCUUUCACAGCGUGUCGAUAAGGCCUUUGCCCUCACUAGGUAUUUAGUUGAAGAAAUGGAGAAACGGGAGAAUUUCCAGCUGGUCUGUAAGGGGCCGUUUGUGAACGUUUGCUUCUGGUUUAUUCCACCCAGUCUGAAAGGAAAGGAGAACAGCCCAGAUUACCAGGAAAGACUAUCCAAGGUGGCGCCAGUCAUUAAAGAGAGGAUGAUGAAGCGAGGAACGAUGAUGGUGGGAUAUCAGCCAAUGGAUGAACACGUCAACUUCUUCCGCAUGGUGGUUGUUUCUCCACAGCUCACAACCAAAGACAUGGAUUUCUUCCUUGAUGAGAUGGAGAAACUCGGGAAGGAUCUAUGAUUUGCUCUGAAUAUCAAUGGUGGAUCUAUGUACAGUGUCACACACAUGCCUUCAUUGUCUGUCGUUUAAAAAAAAGCACGAUUGCUAAAACUCAUUUUGACGUAAACCGUACACAAUACUGACUUUAUUGAACUAGCCAGCAAAAUUAAUUCUGGUUCACAAACACUACUGGUCAAACGAUUGGCAUCAUUGCAGUUUUGUAUUUGAAUGAUUACAAAAUUUUUACUUGACAGUUUUGAGUGCCAUUUUUAAGAACAAUUCCUUCUCAAGAAACAUUUUUUUUUAUCUCUAAUUAAUCUCUAAUCUCUAAUUAUCUUAUUAAUUAAUUAAUGUCUUUAUUUUAGGAAACUGAAAAUGGAAUGAUUUAGAUAACAAAAUAACACUUUUUUUUUUUUUUAACAAGGAUGCAAUAAAUUUAUCAAGUUUUAGUAAAGCCAUUUAUUAUCUUACAAAUGAUUUAGAGUUUUAAAAAAUAUAUGCCAUCAUUUCAUAAAGAUUAAAUAAAGCAGCACAACUGUUCCAAAUACAUUUUUGAUAAUAUUGACCAUUAUUAAUAUCUGAGAAUUGAUAAAAAAUAAUCAAUGAUUUGAACACAAAUCACUGAAUUUGACAUGUUCUGAAUUGAUCACUGAUGACUAGCAUAAUGAUGCAGAAAAUUCAGUGCUUCAUCACACGAAUAAAUUACAUUUAAAAGCAAAUUACAAUAGAAAACAACUUUUGUUAAAUAGUAAAAAUAUAUUAAAUAUGUUACUGUAUUUUGGCGACAUGGUGGCUCAUUGGUUAGCACUGUCGCCUUACAGCAAGAAGGUUGCAGGUUUAAGUCCCCACUGGACCAGUUGGCAUUUCUGUGUGGAGUUUGCAUGUUCUCCCCGUGUUCGCGUGGGUUUCCUCCGGGUGCUCCGGUUUCCCCUACAGUCCAAAGACAUGCGCUAAAUGCCUUAGUGUAUGAGUGUGAACAGGGUUUCCGAGUCUUAAAAUGUCUUAAAUUUCAAAACCUAAAUAUUAGGCCUUAAAAAGUCUUAAAUUCACUGAUAUAUUGUGUUGUAGAUCUUAAAUUGGUUUAAACCGGUCUUAAUUUUGCUUUGUCCAAGUAAAACUACUCAAUUUGGGCCAAUCUAAUAACCAACAACACAUAAAACCUUAUUUUUUAUAUUUAAGUUUUUUAUUGCCAGAGUUUAUGACAGCUGUUAAAUAUUUUUACAGCAAAUUCCCCAAAUUAAUAAUCACCUAAUCAGGGGAAAAAAACAAAAAAUAUUAACACGUUUUAUCAUGAUAAUAAUAAUGAAAAAAUCUUAACCCUGUAUAGGUCUAAAAUGUAAUUCUUUAUGGUCUUAAAAGGUUCUUAAAAUAUCUGAAAGAAACCUUGGUGAGGGUGUAUGAGUGUUUCCCAAUGCUGGGUUGCAGCUGGAAGGGCAUUCGCUGCAUAAAACAAAUGCUCGAUAAGUUGGCUGUUCAUUCCUCUGUGGCGACCCUGAUAAAUAAGGGAUAUACAAACAAACUGUAUAUACAAUAAAAAUGUAUAUACAAACAAACAAACAUAUUCCAAACUUUUGACCAGUAUUAAAAUAACUUGUCACACCCAAUUCUAUUACUUGUAUAUAAAGACAGCACCCAAAAUAAGUUAUAAUCUAGGAUUAGGAUUGAGAGUUACUGCUGACUCAAUGACUGCAUCUGGAAUGGCAUACUUUCCCGCUGUAAAGUAGUAUUAUUCACAGUACUCGUAUCAGUGCCAUGUCAGCAAACCUGAAUGAGCAACAUGAUUGACAGGCAGAGAGUGAUUCUGAUUGGCUAAAAAAAGGGCUGUUUCUCUUUUCAGAGCCUUGGGUCACAGUGACAGGUGUGUUUUGUUAGCACUCAUGUUUUAGUGAAUCUGUCAGGACUUGUGAACCAUGGUUAAUUACAGUGCAUUUACCGUGCUUUGUUUUAUUGAUUAACAAUUGUGAUAUCAGUUUAAAUAGAAAAACAUGGUUAAACUGGUUAGUGUUCUAUAAUCUUGGUUAGUUUGUGGUUGCCAUGGUUUAACUUUUUUAUUGUAGUAUAAGAUGAACGAUUGUAUGUGCAGUCUUCCAACAAAUAGCUUUAAAUUUGAGUAUGAAGCAGAUUUUGUAUUUUAGUAAUUUAGUUUCAUUAGUCUCCAUAAUUUAAUUAGUUGGCGACAUUGUCUGCACAAUGUUAUUUUGCUUUAGUCUCUUUUAUAAUGGAGUCUUACCCAAACUAUAGGUCAAUAAACGAGACUGAACAUUAUCUGUGAAGUUUGUAUGGGGGAAAUUACGUUUUUUCUAUGCUGGAUUUGCUAGGUAUGGGUUGAAGUUGUUCAUAUUUGUUAUGUUGUAUGGCAUCUGAUAACAUUUCUUCAAAAUUAAAAGAAUGUAUAUAUUAGGGCUGCACGAUAUUGGAAGAAACUGACAUUGCAGUAUUUUAUUUUUCUGCGAUACACAUUGCCAUAUUGAGCAUGAUUUUAACAGAUGAAAUGAAUAGUUCCAUUUGAAAAUAAUGAAUCAUUUUAGGACAUUGAUAUUAGGAUGACUUUGUUGUAGAGUGCAUCUGCAUAAAAUGUACUAAACCUAAUCACAAGCAAUGAUAAAUACAGUAAAGCAAAGUUACGAACAAAAUAAAUGCGUUGUUUUUUUU